AUGGUCAUCAUCGUCACCGGCCCGACAAUCACUUCACUGCACGCGCGACGCCGCGCCCAUCUCUUUUCAAGUGGACACAGCCCCCCGACCAGGCAAAUAGCAGCAGAGAAUGAUGCCCUCGCCAUGCUGCGCCUCAUGAACAGGGCUCACGCCCACCUCGGCCGGGCGCCUCCAUCCGCCGCCCCCUUUCAACGGCGUCACGGCUCGCACAAGGCCUCGGAUCCCCUGAGGAUAUUAUUCUGUGGCUCGGACACGUUCAGCUGCGGGUCCCUGAGGGCUUUGCACCGCGAGCACGUGGAGAACAGGGCGUUGGUAGAGGCUCUGGACGUCAUGGUGUUGCCCGGCAGAAGGACAGGGAGGGGCCUCAAGACGGUUCGUGAAGUGCCCUGCAAAACGCUCGCGGAACAGCUCAACCUCCCCAUCCACCAGCGGGAGACGUUCCGGAACUGGGAGGCAAGUCGACCCGUCUCGCUUCCCCGCGGCACGAAUCUCGUCGUCGUCGUGUCGUUCGGGCUCUUCGUGCCCCCGCGGAUCCUGAAGUCCGCCAAGUACGGAGGUCUCAACGUCCACCCGUCGCUGCUGCCCGACCUCCGCGGCCCGGCGCCGCUUCACCGCGCCCUCCUCAGGGGGGACACGCACGUGGGCGUGUCGCUGCAGACGCUGGACGACAGGGCCUUUGACCACGGGACGAUUCUUGCGCAGAGCCCUGCGCCGGGCAUGCCCGUGGCGCGGGGCGCCUCGCUCCAGGAGGUCCUGUCUGCUGCGGCGGCCGAGGGCGCCGACAUGCUGAUCCGGGGACUGCGGGACGGCGUGCACGUCCCGCCCCGGGAGGACGUGGGUUGGAAGGCGGCCGAGUUGCAGGGCACGCAGCUGGUCCAUGCACCAAAGAUCACAAAGGCCGACGGACAGGUAGACUGGGCUGCGUGGACGGCAGAGCAUUUCGGCACAAGGCUGAGGGUGCUCGGGUCGGUGUGGACGCAUCUCGUCAGUCGCAAGGGCGUCAGGAAGAGAGUCAUCUUCUUGGAUGCCGCGCCGGCCGCCUGUGCCGAGGGGGCCGUGUUGCGGCAAUCCCACGAGGCGACGCUGGUAUGCGAGCACGAGGGUGCGCUAGUAGGUGACGCGGGGACGGGGCGGCACGAGGCGAGGGUGAUGCCUCGACCGGACGGCUCGUGUUUGAUUGGCAUUCGUGACGGUUCCUGGAUACGCGUCGGCAAGGUCAAGGUCGACGGGAAACCGGAGCAGAUGGCCGCCGCUGGCCUUGGGAGCUUUGUCCGAUGA